CAGCGCGGGCUGGAAGCCACCGGUCCCGGAGUCCUUACACGCCAGCUUUGUCGCUUAUUCUUCUCCAGCCUAACCCAGCCUCACCAUGGUGGACGCCUUCGCAGGCACCUGGAAGUUAGUGGAUAGCAAGAAUUUCGAUGACUACAUGAAGUCAAUCGGUGUGGGUUUUGCUACCAGGCAGGUGGCCAAUAUGACCAAGCCUACCACAAUCAUCGAAAUCAAUGGGGACACUAUCACCAUAAAAACACAAAGCACCUUCAAGAACACGGAGGUCAGCUUCAAGCUAGGGGUGGAGUUUGAUGAGACAACGGCAGAUGACAGGAAGGUCAAGUCCAUUGUGACGCUGGAUGGAGGCAAACUUGUCCAUGUGCAGAAAUGGGACGGGCAAGAAACAACACUUGUGCGGGAGCUCAUUGACGGAAAACUCAUCCUGACACUCACCCAUGGCAGUGCGGUUUGUACUCGCACUUACGAGAAGGAGGCAUGACCUGCCCGCCUCGUCACUGACUGCCCCUCCGCCAACUGGUUACCCCUGGACUCAGCACCAAAUUGCCUCAUUUUUUCCUCUGGCGUUUUGUAUAAAUCCACCUUGGUUAGGGAACUUCUUCUGGGAUCAGGUGCACCCCUGGAUCCGGUUUCAGUUCCCAUGUGUUUGGUUUUUUUUUUAACUGCCUUCAAAGAGUGCUCUGAGGUCAAUAAAGCAGAGCAAAGCCA